AUGCCUAAGAAAAAGGUACAUGGGUAUACGAAGUCUACAGAGUUACCACCACCUCCUUACAGCGAAGAGAAUCCGUUGACACCCACCAAUCUGCCCAAGUUGAAUCUUAAUCGAAACGCAGACCAAAACUCAGAUUCCAGCGACCUCGUCACUCCAGAUCAAUGUGUGGCGCAUCUGAAACUGCUCGCUGUUCUGGCGGAUUUACGAGACACCAUAUCAGGCCACAAUGGUCUCUUUGGUAUAUAUAACAGUAUAGCCGAACGCUUUGAGCCACAAGAUCAGCGUGAUCGAGCUCUUGCUCGUAUUCGGGAGAAGAGAUGGACUGUGUAUACGGCACGCGCAGUCGACCGCUAUGAAAAGUGGUGGUCUUCUGCUUUACCCUCUUCAAGAUGCAGACUGACAAUAACCGAUAUGAUGACUCCCAACUUCGAGGAUAUUGUUGAUCCAAAAUCAACAUUGACAUGGAAGAACCCUCCUCCAAUUGAUGUUUUGAUGGUACUUCAUUCACACAUGCUCAACCCGAGAGACUUUCUUCAAGAUUGCCUCAUUCAUGGGAAGAUGUCACUCUGGAAAGCGGGCUUUCCAUUUGAGCUAGUCAAUAACUGCAUUAACGACGAUACUUUGGAAUAUACAGUCAGUCAGGGCUCCCAAACUCACUUUAGCGACAAAGUGGGUCUCAAUUGGGAUAAUAUACUUGACCCAUUGGUCAAGUAUAUUGAAUGUCCAGGCUGCCAUAAGACUCUUCAUGUUCUCUGGACCUGGAAUAAGAGGAAGGAAGGGGCUACCCCAGACGAACUUUUCAAACUGAGUACCGGCUAUGCUGAUACCUGUUUCAAAGAGAUUUGCCUACACUGCAAAAUUGAAGUCGAUCAUGGUCGACUUCGGGUGCGUAAGUUUUGGAAAGAUAUCAACGACAAUAUUGCACGCGAUUACCCGAUGCCUGGAUCAAUCUUGAAUAUCAAGGGCAUGCCUGAAAACCUCGCUCCAGAUGACUACUACAAGACUUGGCCUAAAAAUGUUAUGAACCGACUGAUAUAUAAUAUCGGGAAAAAACUAGCCGUGUAUACCGACCCAACAGAACCUCGUGACAUGAGUGAUAUUCGCUCCGAUAUCCAGGCCAAACUUACGGCUUAUAGUGAUAGGUACCAGAUCUUCGGGCCUAAAAGUCUGAAAAAUCCGUUGAAGGGUGAUAAUAAGGUAUACUUCCAGCGAACUAUGACGCACUACUGGGAGAAUUUCAGUCUAUUUGGGCUUGAUCUAGUUGGUGCAGUGAUUCGGCAGGGUACUUUUGUCCAGAAAAUGGAUAACAUCGACUGGCUCCACGCACCUACAGUCAUGGAAACAGCUCAGCGUUUAAUUUCAAAGUACACAGUUUUUAUGAACAUCAUGAUCUCCAAUCGAGGAGAAAUGGCAGUACCAACACUGGAUAUUGAUUUGGCCUGGCACACACAUCAGUUGAUGCCGCAGCGGUACUACCGACACACCACAUCGAAGUCUGGAUAUUUCAUCAACCAUGACGACAAAAUCGAAGAAACUCAGCUUUCAAAAGCCUUUGAGUGGACAAGCAAGAUGUACCGCCGCGCCACAAAUGGAGAAGUCUACAGCGCAUGUACCUGCUGGUACUGCGAGGCCGUCCGCGUCCCAGACAUAUAUGACGGAAUUCUCAGGAGUAUCGGCUCAACUUCACGCGCUGCCAAAAAAGCUGACGCCCUACAUGAAACUGUGUCGUCGGAUCCAGAAAAGAACCCGCAUAUCUCUGCGCACAAUGCUGUGCGGCCGGUAGAGGAAGCCGUAAGGCAGGUCCAAAGUACCUACCUUUAUCAGCUCUACCUCAAGCAAAAUUACGCAAAAGCGUUCCGCCGUUCUCAGAAGAGACAGCGCUUACCCUUACCCUCGAAGACAGACGCAGAAGGUGGUAGUAGUAGUACUAGUCGGGCUGGACCCGAUUAUGCUACACCUCUUGUCUGGGGCUUGCCAAUAAAUUUUCCAUACUAUGCACCCUAUAUGUGCGAUCCAGGCAUUAGUCCUGGUACGUAUGUGGAGAAUACAACGGCUGUGCAAAAUGCCACCUCCUUGGAUUUUGCACUGGUACAACCUGUGGAACCACUGGAGGAGAAGGAGGUGGAGAUGGAGGAGGAGGAGGAGGCGGAGGAGAUGGAGGUGGAGGUGGAGGAGAUGGAGGAGGUGGAGGAGGUUGCGGAGGUGGCUGUGAGGCAAGCGUUAACCUCUAUUCCGUAG